CAGGGCCGCCAGACACGCCGAGCAGCCUCCUCCUGCCCAGCGGCUAGCGCUGUGUCUGCCCGCCCCUGCCGCCCUCCGGACCCUGCGCGAGGAGGGCGUGGAGGGACAGAGCGUGCGGCCCGAGCCUCCCGGCGGCGGGGCCCGUCUCCCGGAGCAGCGCCGCACCGACCGCGCCGAACGCCCUGAGCCUCCGGACAAUGGGACCGCGGUGGCUGCUGCUCGUCGCCGCGGGGCUCAGUCUAUGCGGCCCCUUGCUGUCGGCCCGCGCCCGAGGCCCCAAACCAGAGUCAGAAGCAACAAAUGAUACUCUGAGUCCCCGGACAUUUUUUCUCAGGAAUCCCAAUGAUGUAUUUGAACCAAUCCCACUGAAGGAGGAUGAGGACCAAAAUGAAAGUGAAUUCACAGAAGACAGAUUAAGCUCCGGCAACAGAAGCAGUCCUCCUCAAAAAUUACCCCGCGAGUUCAUCUCAAAAGAUGCCUCAGGAUAUCUGACCAGCACCUGGUUGACGCUCUUUAUCCCCUCCGUCUACACCGGCGUGUUCCUCGUCAGCCUUCCUCUGAACAUCAUGGCCAUCGUCGUGUUCACCUUGAAGAUGAAGAUCAAGAAGCCCGCCGUGGUGUACAUGCUGCACCUGGCCAUGGCAGACGUGCUCUUUGUGUCUGUGCUCCCCUUUAAGAUCAGCUACUACUUUUCCGGAAGUGACUGGAGAUUCGGGUCUGCCAUGUGCCGCUUCAUCACCGCUGCAUUCUACUGUAACAUGUAUGCCUCUAUCAUGCUCAUGACGGUCAUCAGCAUUGACCGGUUCCUGGCUGUGGUAUACCCCAUGCAGUCGCUCUCCUGGCGUACUCUGGGGAGGGCUUCCUUUACCUGUCUGGCCAUCUGGGCCAUGGCCAUCGCGGGGGUGGUACCUCUGCUCCUCAAGGAGCAGACCACCCAGGUCCCGGGGCUCAACAUAACCACCUGUCACGAUGUGCUCAACCAAACACUGCUCGAAGGCUACUACUCAUAUUACUUCUCGGCCUUCUCUGCCAUCUUCUUUUUUGUGCCGUUGAUCAUUUCCACAGUCUGUUAUGUGUCUAUCAUCCGAUCUCUUAGCUCUUCCACGGUUGCCAACCAGAGCAAGAAGUCCCGGGCUUUGUUCUUGUCAGCUGCUGUUUUCUGCAUCUUCGUCCUUUGCUUUGGACCCACAAACAUCCUGCUGAUUCUACAUUAUGCAUUCCUUUCCCAUAAUUCCAUGACAGAGGCUGCCUACUUUGCCUACCUCCUGUGUGUCUGUGUCAGCAGCAUAAGCUGUUGCGUUGACCCCUUGAUUUACUACUAUGCUUCCUCUGAGUGCCAGAGGUACCUCUACAGUAUCUUAUGCUGCAAAGAAAGUUCAGAUCCCAGCAGUUAUAACAGCAGCGGUCAGUUGAUGGCAAGUAAAAUGGACACCUGCUCUAGUAACCUGAAUAGCAGCGUGUACAAAAAGCUGUUAACUUAGGAAAAGGGACCAACAGUGAGUUAAAAAGAAAAUGUUAAAAAAGCAAAUAACCUAAGGAUUCUACUUAGUCCCUGACAAAAAGUAUUUACUUUACCAUCUAAAACAACAAAUGUAUGAUGUACAUGCCUCCUUAUGAGAGCCAUUAAGCAUAUAUAUUUGUUAGUUACAGGAAAAAAAAAAAAACAGGAAUAGAAAACAAUGUUAUUACAAGAGAGUGUUACAACAAGAACUGAAAUGUCACUUUUUUCGUAAAUUUACGUGAUGUAUUUUAGAUAUAUGUGUGUGUAUAUGUGUAUUUAUACACAUAUACUUGUAUCAUUUGCAGUGCAGUAUAGAAUAGGCACUUUGAAACCCUCUCUUUUUUUCACCAGAGAUUAUGGAAGUAAACUCUGAUUCUCUGAUUUCAUAUGCAAAGUUUAGGCUGGAGUUUAGCCCUGAACAUCUGAAGAAGUCCAUCGAUAGUGAGGGAUUCUACAGUUUGGACUUAUACAACUUUUGCCAAUAAGUGUUUUGAAAUUGUCCAACAGCAAUGUUUAAGUUAUUGAGGGAUGAGACUUAGUACUAUCUGUGUGUAGAGAAAGUUCUGCUGUUUUUCAUGUUAAACGUAUCAAAGUUUGAAUUCUAAAAAUUAUUAAAACAGAUAAUAUGGGUAGCAUUUUUGCUGUUUUACACGCCGUGUGUGUAAACUAAGAAUGAGCAGGGGUCCCACCAGUGACCUGAGGCUGGCUUUCAAAGCACUGUGCCCCCAGAUGAAGGACUCCAAGCAGUAGAUACAAGACAGGGCCAGUUCAGAGAGAUCAGGACCACCGUGUUUGCUAUCUCCUGCUGGGAUUCCCUCAAGGAUUGGCCGUGCGCUUAUCAUGUUUAUUAGAAGUUGGUGAAGUAGGAUGUGCUAUCCCAAGAGAUAAUGGAUAUAAAAGACUGCCCAUUUUAAGAAUGGAGAAAGAAGACACGUUCACUUCUAGCAGUUAUGCUGCAAGGACCAUUCCCAGGUGGAAACACCUAUAUAGCAAACAUGGACACCCAUCGUGUGCUCUAAGCACUCUAAUGGGUGCUGGGCAAAUAGAGUUGAGUCAGACUGAAACCUGCUCUCAAGAAUGACAAAGUGGGCCGAUACACAGAGUGGGACGUGGGAAAGAAACACAUCAUUAGGUAAAGAAGUGCUUUUAGCCAGAUGUCACCAAGCAAGUUCCACAUAAUCCUGGCAGAUAAAGAACUUUGAACAUUUGGGUUAAAUCUUCCUGUGGUUAUAACUUGAGAUAAACAUAAUAUAGUACAGGAAGCGUGUUUUUAAAAAUAACUCCUUCAGUAACAGAAUAUGAAAUGUUUUAUUACAAUGUUAUUCAAGCAAGAUAAAAAUUAUAAAUUCUGUACAUAAUAUGAUCGCCAAUCUGACUAUGUAUCAACAUGAAAACAAAGUUUUACAUAAAAGAGAUUGAAAAAAAUAAACCAAAAUGACAACUAAGGAUAAAAAAAGAUUAAGUCCUUCAGUCUGUCUUAAUUGGACCCUAUUUACAAAUGUUUUGUUCAAUAAAUUACUCAAGUCAGAUUUUUAAAACAUUCAUUAUGUUAGUCGGAUUAGAAAUGGCAGAAGAAAAUGGAAUUGACUUUGAAAUCCAGGAAAAUUAUUCUCUAUUUUCCAUUCACUUUUCUUAAGAGUUAAUGAGAUGAUUUUAUAAGCUAUGAUGAGUAUCAAGUACAGAAUAUCCUCAUGUAUUUGAGAAAAUAAUUUGAAAAUUAGGUUGAAUUAUAUCUUUUUUUCCUUAUGAAAAAAUGUUGGCAUUUUAAACAAAAAGAGUAGAAACUUGUAAGGCAAGUACUUACCUAUUUAAAAGAGCAAAUUGUUUCCAAAUGCCAUAGAACGAUUUACAUAAAAGUAUGUCUUGUAAGUAGAAGCUAACAUUGUUUUUAUUAAUUUAGUUACGAUACUCAUUUUAUCCAACUUAGUGGAGAUAUACUGUCAUUGUUCAUUCAUUCUGUUUAUAUUAAAAUACCUCUGACUUAAUAAGACUCAUUACUGUAUUAUCAGUAUGUACUUAUAAAAUAUUACAUCACUGUUUUUAUGUUCUUUUUUUAAAAAAAUGUAUGUAACUUCUAUUAAUAAACCUGAAAGUUU